UGAACUCCUCGCUUCCAUUUCCUCUCCCACCUCCUCUUCUCUCUCUCUCUCUCUCUCUCUUAAACACCCCCACACCAACACAAACACACCAAAGCCAAUAAACUUCUCUCUCUCUCUCUCUCUCUCUCUCUCUCUCCUCUUCUUUGACACAAUGAGCUCCAUUGUCCAGACCUUCCAAAAGCGGGACUUCCUUCCCGUCUCACAGGACGCCUCAUCACCAAAGGACCAACAACCAAGCAUCCGGCGGAGGCUCUCCUCUCUCAGCCUCAAACUCCAGCCCAUCUCGUCCUCCCCGGCGGCCUCAUGGGCCUUCCGCCGGUCCAAGUCCGUCUCCGCCAUGGGCGAGUCCGCGGGAAGCUCCAUAAGGAAGUGGUGGGACUGCGGCUGGGGCUGGAUCCUCUCCAGAAAGCCCAUGUUCGCCGAAGAUCUGGAGAUGAACGAGGAAGAGACCAAAGCCCUUGGGUCCCACUCCCGAGGAAGCUGGAGACACGUGUUCUACAAGGUCAGAUCCGAGCUCAGAAAGCUCGUCCGGUCCGACCGUGUCGGUCUUCCUCAGACCUGCAGGUACGAUUCGUUCAAUUAUUCCAAGAACUUCGACGACGGAAGGAAAACUCUCUUGGUUAGCUGAAAUAUUGAAAAAAGUACUCAAUAAUACGGUUUUAUAUAAGAUUCCGAUCAUCAAAAAGAUUGAAUUUUUGUCCCUUUUUUUUCUUUUUAAAUGUUAUUCUUGUUAUUGUAAGUAGAAUAUAGAUUAAUGUUCUGUGUUAUGUGAGAUUAUUAAUGUUGAGUGUUUCCAAGGAAUGGAUUUGGGGCUCAAGAAAAAGUGAAUGUUUGAAGAGUUAAGCUUGAUCAAUGGGACAGAUCUCUGUUGGUAAAUAUGAUUUUUCUUUUUUUCUUUUUUUUGGUUUGGGAAUAAUUUAUUUAGUUUUGUAUCAGAUUCAUUCCAUUGUAAAACUAUCACAGCUUAUUUAUGUCCUAGUCCCUCCACAAUGUAAUAUAUCUGUUAGCCGUUUUUAUCUUUCAAGAUCAGAUCUUUAUUUUUUAUUUUUUAUUAUUAUUAUAAUACAAGAAAAGGGGAAACGCCACCACUUUUAAUAUUGUGAA